GGGGUAGGCAACCUGCGGCUCUCUAGCUGUUGUGGAACUACAUUCCCAUGAGGCAUUGCAAAGAUUACAAAACUGACAGUUACAGCUAUGAGGCAUGAUGGAACUUGUAGUCCUGCGGCUUUCAGGUUGCCUAUCCCUGGCCUAGGUUCACACCUAUGCGGCCGUGCGGGCUGCGUUUUGCUCGGGCACGAGAGCCCAUUCAUUUGAAUGGACUCCCGUGCCCCGUAGGAAAAGAAGUCCCUGCACUACUCUGGAAAACGCAGCCUCGGUUCCCAGUACGGUUGCGUUUCCCA